AUGGCUUCCGCCAAGCACCGCGAGCGAAAGCUGCCCAUCCAGCAGCUGGCUAUCCUGUCAAUAUGCCGAUUCGCAGAGCCUAUCGCGAGCACCUCGCUCUACCCCUACCUCCCAGAGAUGGUCGAAUCCUUCCAGAUACCGCAAAACGAAGUAGGCAAAUGGGCGGGUAUCUGUGCCGCAAUGUUCAGCCUCACGCAAGCUGUCAUGGGCAUACCGUGGGGUAGAUUCUCAGACCGAUACGGCAGGAAGCCCGCUAUAUUAAUCGGUCUGGCCAGCACCAUGUUUACGAGCUUGCUUUGGGGUUUCAGUAAGAGCUUGCCAAUGGCAAUUGUCGCAAGAGUGUUGGCAGGAGCGGGAAACGGAAACGUAGGCAUCAUACGGACAACCGUGGCAGAGAUGGUACCUUUCAAGGAGCUACAGCCUCGCGCCUUCUCCCUCAUGCCUCUUGUGUGGAACAUUGGCAGCAUCUUCGGUCCGACCAUUGGCGGAGCUCUCGCCAAUCCGCUGGAUGUGAAGCCUGGAGAGCGGAGGCCCAAUGGCAGCCUGCUCGAAAUGUUCCCAUAUGCUCUGCCGAACAUUGUAUCGGCAUGUUUCUUUGCCGUGGGCAUUACGGUAGGGAUCCUAUUCCUUGAAGAGACAUUGGAAACCGUCCAAGGUCGGAGAGACUACGGAUUGAUUCUAGGUCAAAAGAUCACCAACUUCUUCAAGACUCAUGUGGUCAAGAUCGAAGAAGCACUUCACAUUCGAGCAAAACAGCAGAAAGAUCAACCGAACGGCGAGACCGAACCGUUGCUCAAGAACCAACGAAUCGAUACCGACGAAGAGGACGGUGAACCAUACGAGACCAAACCCAAGCUUGCUCCGCCGUCUUGGCGAGAGGUCGUGAACAGGCAAGCAUUCAUCAACUUGAUUGUUUACACAUUACUCGCUAUGCACUCCAUGGCUUUCGAUCAGAUCGUACCGGUCUACAUGCAGCACAGCCCAAUCGGCAAAGAAGGCUCGACGCCUUACGAACCACCUCUCAAGUUCGCCGGCGGGUUUGGACUGGACCACUUCUCCAUCGGCUUGAUGAGCACCUGCUACGGUGUCGUUGGCAUGAUCAUCCAGUUCUUCGUCUUCCCUCCCCUAGCCCGCAGAUAUGGCAUCCUUUUCUGGCUGAAGGUUGUCGCCUGUGCAUUCCCCAUCAUCUACCUCAUCACGCCUUUCACAGCACUGCUACCGACGACUAAAUCUCAGAUUGGAUGCAUGUUCACGGUCAUGAUCUUGAAGUGUCUUGCUGGUAUCUUUGCAUUCCCCUGCAGCACGAUCCUGCUCACGAACAGCGCUUCCAGCUUGAGGACUCUCGGCACACUCAAUGGAAUCGCCACUUCGGUUGCUGCCAUUGGCAGAGCAGCUGGGCCAGCUAUGUCUGGUGCUAUCAUGACCGUGGGUGUGAAAAAGGGAUACAUCAUCGCCCCUUGGUGGUUUCUCGCUGGAGUUGCAGUCAUUGCGGCCAUCCCAGUGUUUUGGCUUGAGGAAGGCGAGGGCUUCGGCGGAGAUGAUGAAGUCAGCGAUACUGAAGAGGAAGAUGAGAUUCCAGAGGGCCUCGCAGUGGCCGCAGCAGAAGGGCAGGCAGAGGCCACAGGUGGCAAGCCUGGACCGAUCCUUCCCCCUGGCCAGGAUGACGACGAAGACCACGAGGAGCACCAAUAUGGAGGAAUCACUGCUCUGAGUCGAACGACUACUGCUUCCUCUGCCUUCUUGACAGACGAUGACCGUGACUCUGCCGGGCCCGCAAGUCGAGUUCUCAGCAGGAGAACGUCUGGCCUCGAAAGGACUGAUCAACAAGAUCAGGCAGCGCCUCCAACCCUGAGCAGGCGAGGAUCUAGAAGAGUCAUGAGGAGAAUGUCUAUACCGAUCGGGAUGGGCAAUCAAGGCAUCAGCCGAAGGUACAGCAGCAACCUUGGCCAGAGCUUUGGCAGUACAGGAGGCUAUCAAUGA